AUGACUGACGUCCCCCGUCGGCUGCCCCUCCACGAUGGCUUGCCCUACGCCUGGAACCCCCGUUCUCGCCGCGCACUCUGGUCUUGCUGGCAGAUGGCCUUGUUUUUCUUCGUAUUCGUCGUGACAAUACUCGGCCUCGCUCUCGUCCCCUUUGGCAUAUCUUCCAACGCCGCUUCGUCGAGUAACCACGGCCAGCAAGAUGAGCAUCAGAUCGAGGACCCUCACUCGGUCGACGAGGCUGUUCCGGAACCGCAAUCUACGCCGGCGCCGCAGCGUGAGAUGCCUCUGAGCCCGCGGCUGAGGGACCCUUCAGAGUAUAUUCUGGACAUGUCCUGGGACUACGACGCCGCUCCAACCACGCGCGAGUACAGCUGGACCAUCACCAAUGCCGACCUCAACCCCGACGGCGUGUACCGUCCCAUGUAUCUCAUCAAUAAUCAGUUCCCAGGCCCUCUUGUCGAGUGCAACGAUGGCGAUACCAUCAUCGUCCACGUCGACAAUCAGGCCGUCAACGCGACCGCCAUUCACUUUCACGGCCUCUUCCAAAACGGCACCAACUUCAUGGACGGCACCGUCGGCGUGACCCAGUGCCCCAUUGCUCCCAAAUCGUCCUUUACCUACACCUUUACCAUCAGCGGCCAGUCCGGCACGUACUGGUACCACGCUCACCACAGCGCCCAGGCGUCCGACGGCUUGCUCGGUCCCGUCGUCAUCCACGCCCGGAACGAGCGCACCGCGCUGCAGGAGCUCGACUACGUCUCGGACCGCGUCGUCAUGGUCCAGGACCACUACCACAACCUCACGGCGGAGCUGCUCAUGGACUACCUUCAGCCAGACAUGGAAAAUGACGAGCCCGUCCCGGACAAUGCCCUCGUCAACGGCCGCGGCGUCCGCGACUGCGCCGACUUUCCCGGCUGGCGGUGCGACGCCGCCAACGUCUCCCGUCCCGUCUUUGACCUGACCGCCGGCCAGCGCCACCGGCUGCGUCUCAUCAACGUCGGCGCCUUUGCCGAGUUUCAGAUUCAGUUUGACGAGCACCCCUUCUACGUGACAGAAGUCGACGGCACCGACGUCCACCCCGAGGCCUUCCACAGGCUCAACAUCCUGCCCGCGCAGCGAUACAGCGUCAUUCUUGAAACCAAUGUCACUUCCACCGCCACCACCACCGUGCCGCCGUCCUUUUGGAUGCGCGCCCGCAUGCUCACGCACUGCUUCACCACGGAGAACAAGCGUCUCGUGCCCGAACUGCACUCCGUUAUUCGCUACCAGUCCAAAGACACGCCCCUUCCGGCCGUCGCGGCGGACCCCACCAGUAAGGACUGGCCCGAGGCCAUCGAGGUCAUUUGCCGCGACCUCAACGUCAGCGCCCUGCACCCCGUCGAUACGCAAUCUCCGCCGCCCGCCGAUGAGUACGUCCUUGUCCGCGCCAACUUUAUGAUUGGCGACUGGGCCCUCGCCCGCGGCUUCUUCAACGGCUCGACGUGGCACGCCAACGCUACACAUCCGUCUCUGCACCGCUACCUCGACAACAUCAAUGCCGGCGGCGCCGACUCGUCCGGGAACCGCUCGGCUGCCAUGCGCAUCAGCGACACCGUCUUUGACCCGGCGCGCGACUACGUCCUCGAGACGACGGGCACCCGCACCAUCGACCUCGUCAUCAACAACUUUGACGACGGCGCCCACCCGUUCCACCUUCACGGGCACAAGUUCUACGUGCUUAUCCAGGGAGAGACGGGCUACCCGCCCGAGGCACAUGAGCUGCCGUCCUACUUGUCGCAGCACGACAUCCUCGACAAUCCCCUGCGCCGGGACACCGUCACCGUCGAAGGCUACGGCUGGGUAGUCCUGCGCGUUGUCCUCGACAACCCCGGGCUGUGGGCCUUUCACUGUCACAACACUUGGCAUGCCGAGUCGGGCAUGGUGAUGCAGUUUCUCGUCGGCAGCGACCAGGUGCGCAGCUGGACCGUCGACGAUGAGCAGCGGGAGCUGUGCGCUCGCGAGGGCGUCGCGACAGGCAUGCGGCCGUCAGACGACAUCUGGUUUGGCCAGAUUACAAAGUGA